AGAACCUCAUGCAAAUAUUUCAAGCUCGCUCGAAGUCCUGUUUUCAAGUCACCUCAGAGUCGAGAACUAGUAUUUUACGGGGGAAUUCUUUUAUUUGUAGUUUUUUUAAGUCCUCUUUUAUUUACGCUACUCAAAGAAUAAACGUUUGUACUGGUUAAUCAUUGGCGUCCUGUUGCCUAAAGGAAACACGCGUGAUCGAGAAGGAUCGAUAGGACAGGACUGGACCGAGCCAGCGCGCGUUUCAUUUGCCUCAGGCUGCAUUAGUUACAAGCAGUUCCAACGCUUAUCUUCGGUGUAAAUCAGGCGUGCGCCAUCGCGUAUGAUCGAAACAAAAAAAAAAGAGAAAAACAUCAGCCGUGGCUCGUCUCGGUGUGAGUGACCUCUCUCCGCAUUUUGCUGCGCACGUCUUUUGCAGCCGCUCCGCAAGGCGCUGAGCGGGGCCUCCGCCGCCGCCGCCGCCCCCCUACACAGAGGAUGGGGUCCGCGGGUCGCAUGCGCUGGGCGCUGCUCGCAGUGGUUCUGCUGGGGCUUCAUCACUCCGCCGGCUUCUGGAUCGUCAACGUGGUUUUCCCACCCAGCACCAAGCCCAGAGUGCCGAGCAACGACACUUCGCCGCUCGUCAUAGUGCCUGGGAACUUGGGGAACCGUCUGGAAGCCAAAAUAGACAAACCAACGUUGGUCCACUGGUUCUGCUACAAGAAAACUGAAAACUGGUUUCCUCUGUGGAUCGACCUCAACAUGUUCAUGCCGAUAGGUGUGGACUGCUGGAUAGAUAACAUCAGACUUAUUUACAACAGGACAACACGACGCUCAUCCAACUCAGCAGGGGUGCAGGUCAGAGUGCCGGGAUUUGGGGAAACCUACUCCAUAGAGUUUCUUGACUACAACAAACUGGCAGGUUACUUUCAUACUAUGGUGGAACAUUUGGUCAACGUCGGCUAUGUCCGGAACGAGACGGUCCGUGGAGCGCCGUACGAUUGGAGAUUAGCACCAAAUGAGAACGCAGCCUAUUUUUUGAAGCUGCAGGAGUUGGUGGAGGAGAUGUACAACCAGAACCAGAAACCAGUUUACCUGCUGGGACACAGCAUGGGCUGCCACUACGUCCUCUACUUCCUCAACCAUCAGCCAAAGGCCUGGAAGGACAAGUACAUCAGGGGUUUUAUUUCCCUUGGAGCUCCGUGGGGGGGCGCUGUUAAAGCACUCAGAGUUAUGACCUCAGGUGAAAAUGACGGCAUCCCGAUGCUUUCCAACAUCAAGAUCCGCGAGGAGCAGAGGAUGAUGACCACUAAUCCCUGGUUGCUGCCGUCAGAGGAGGUUUGGCCAGAGGAUCAUGUUUUCAUCUCCACUCCAGCCUUUAACUACACCCAUCGGGACUACAAGCGUCUUUUCACAGACAUCAGCUUUGAGGAUGGAUGGCAUAUGUGGGAGGACACCAAGAACCUCACCAGUGCUCUCCACCCGCCCGGUGUAGAGGUGUGGUGCAUGUACGGCGUGGGGCUUCCGACGCCCGUAACCCAUAUUUACAACGAGGAGUUUCCCGACGGGGACCCGGUGGACUUUGUUUACGCUGACGGGGACGACACGGUGGACAGCUUCAGCAUGGGCUUGUGCAAGCGCUGGGUGGGGCAGCAGGAGAAGCCCGUCCACGUGACGGAGUACAGGGGCCUGGCCCACCUAGACAUGGUGUUCCAUGAGAAAGUCCUCAAUCAGAUCCAGCAAAUCCUGGAGGGUAAAUCCGAUGUGCCCAAAGAGGUCGACGUCCGGUCAGAUGUUAUAUAGCAGUGCUGUGUUUGAUAUAAAUGGAUUCCUGUGUAUACGUGUAAAAAUAAGUAUAUUUGGUCACUAGGUUCAGCUAUAAAGUGCUCUGGACUGAAGGGAUCUGACUCUGACCUUUUCAUUUAAACUAAAGUAUUGGUUUAUCUGUGCUAUGUUUAUUCACACACACAUGCACACGCGCGCACACACACACACACACACACACACAUAUAUAUAUAUAUAUAUAUAUAUAUAUAUAUAUGUAUGGUCAACUCUUUUAGAUCAGCAUCAAAUCAGUGUUAUUUUUUUAAGUAUAUGCUCCACCAACUUGAAGGUAACAGCUGUUUUUCUAACGUAUGUUUUCUUUUGGGUUUAUAUUUUCAGAGAUAAAGUGAAAUAAAUCUGCCAGUUCGGUGUCCAGUUCAGAUAACUUCACUGAAUGUUGUCUGUUCCUCUAAACUAUUGAUGCUGUAAGAAAAAAAAAAGAAAAAAAAGGUUAAUUUUUAUAUCCAAAAUUCCCUUUUAAGUUUGUCUGUGAUGUUUUUAGAUUUUGACAGUGGAAGCAAGUUUUGAACAUGUAUGAAACUGAGACUGAAGCUACGACAGUAUAGUCCAGAUUUAUAGACAGCAUACAAACAGCUGGACUGAUAAAACCCACAUUGUGAUGCCUUUUAAACUCUAAUAAUGACUGUUGGAUGAUCAGGAUACUGCCAGAUAAUCUAUUGCUGCAUUCAUGAUGCCACUUCUUAUGCCCUCUGGUAUCGAUUUUUGACACACAAUCAUUUAAAUACUGGAUCAAAUUACAGUGGAUCUAAGUGUGCACAUCCAUGUAAAAAUGCAGGGUUUUUGUUUAAAAAAAAAAAAUGGUACCAUGAUUAUUUCAAUGUGUUUUUCUGUCUUUGACGUGACACAUAACCCAUACAUCCAAAUGAAGCAUCUCUAUGUACAGGAAACAUCUGGCAUUAACCUUGUUACAGAUGUGUGUACAGCUUUAAAUGAACAUUUUGUUGAA